CAGCAUCUUUGCAGUCGCCAAGGGCAUGACGGCACUGCUUGCCUGGCCGAACUUGGCUCGGCGGCUCAACUGCUCAAGUGGCCAGUGCCAAGGCAUCAGCUUUUACGUCCCCGUUCUCCGCUCCUCGGCAGCAAAAGCGAGCCGAGUGCUGGGAAAUCGUCCCGCUCAUUUCACGCUCUCGGCGCCUCGAACGAUAUCCACACUGACGCCCACGUCUCCGGCACGACGCGUGUACGGCGGGCGGCAGGCUCGGCUCAUCGGCAGUGCAGCCCCUGUAGUUAUUGCUCGGCCCCGGUUGCCAGCGGGGCUUGGCAGCAGCCGCCGCCGGUUUCUGCUCACUGCCUGCGCUGCCACCGGCCAGUCGUCAGCCAGGCUUCGGUCGGGGAAUUUUCUCAGGUUUUGGGCCACUCCCCGUUCUCUGGUUUAGGAAGAACAGAAGAAGCGGCGGCUCGGCAGGGUUUCGCUCACAACCUGCGACCGCGACACCCUCCCGCACAAGUCGCUGGUAGUUGGCUACGCAUCGACGUCAGGAUUUACAGGAGGCGAUACCGACCCGAUCAGCAGCAAUCAACCGUGCCCUCUCUGCCGGAGUGCCGGUUGACAAAGCAUGGGCGAGACAGAGGGUGCAGGACCACCUAAACUUCAGGGGAAGUACUUUGGUAUGCUCGUCUGCUUUGUAUUGGGGAAUGGAUGCCUCUUCUCGUGGAACAGUAUGCUUACCAUUGAAGAUUACUAUGUCUACCUCUUCCCAAAGAACCACCCAACCAGAGUCCUCACGCUAGUAUAUCAGCCUUUUGCCCUGGGAGUAACAGCUCUUCUAGCGUAUCACGAAGCAAAGAUCAAUACCAGACUUCGGAAUCUGACAGGAUAUACACUUUACUUCUUAAGUAAUCUUGCAAUUAUAAUACUGGAUGUGGCCACUAAAGGGCAAGGUGGAGUUGGAGCGUUUGUUGGUGUAUGUGUAAUAAGUGCAGCAUUAGGGAUAGGCGAUGCCCAUGUUCAAGGUGGAAUGGUUGGUGAUCUGUCCUUGAUGUGCCCAGAGUUCAUUCAGUCCUAUUUGGCAGGUUUGGCUGCAUCAGGAGCAAUAACAUCAGCUUUGCGGCUAAUUACAAAAGCAGCUUUUGAGAGCUCACAAGAUGGCUUGCGCAAAGGAGCUAUGUUAUUCUUUUCAAUAGCGUGCUUCUUUGAGCUCUUGUGUGUCCUUCUGUACACAUCUGUUUUCCCCACACUGCCGAUUGUCAAAUAUUAUCGCUCAAAGGCAGCUUCUGAAGGUAGCAAAACCGUUGCUGGUGACCUAGCUGCUGCAGGAGUCCCAACUGAACAAGAUGAAAUAGUUGAGGAGGAGCCAGAAAGAUAUGAGCGUUUAAGCACCAAACAACUGUUGCUGCAAAACAUGGAUUAUGCUCUCGAUAUCUUUCUUGUAUAUGUCUUGACUCUAUCUAUCUUCCCUGGAUUUUUAUCUGAAGACACUGGAUCACACAGUCUGGGGGCUUGGUAUGCGCUCGUUUUGAUUGCAAUGUUCAAUGUGUGGGAUCUCAUAGGCAGAUACGUACCCUUUAUUGUUAAGAUGACAUCUCGGAAGUGUAUUAUGGCAGCAGCCCUCGCACGCUUUUUCCUCAUUCCUGCAUUCUAUUUCACUGCAAAGUAUGGCGAUCAGGGGUAUAUGAUCGUUUUAACGUCCUUCUUGGGGUUGAGCAAUGGCUAUCUAACCGUCUGUGUCCUUACAGAGGCACCCAAGGGAUACAAGGGGCCAGAGCAGAAUGCUCUGGGGAACGUUCUCGUUGUUUUCCUCCUGAUAGGACUGUUUUCUGGCGUCGUGCUCGAUUGGUUAUGGUUGAUAGGGAAGGGUUGGUGAUAACCGAUAAACUGAAGUGUCCUCAGAAAGGGUGUUACUCUUUGCUAUGUUUUUCCUGCUGGUGUACCGGUGCAGAGCAAACAACAUAAUAAGCAGAACGGAAUUAAGUACAUUGGUUAUGAAAUGACAUUCUUUUCUUUUAGCUAAGUAAAAUAACCUUC